AUCACUUUGUGUCCAAGAUGGCGGUCGCGGGAGAGCAAGUGAAACUCGUGCAGAUUGACGGCUUGGUUGUGCUGAAGAUCAUUAAACACUGUGAGGAGGAGGGGGCAGUGGGAGACCUGGUACAGGGGGUACUACUGGGACUGGUGGUGGACGACAAGCUGGAGAUCACCAACUGUUUCCCCUUCCCUCGACAUGGCACAGAUGAGGACUUUGAUGAAGUUCAGUACCAGAUGGAGAUGAUGCGGAGUCUGAGGCAUGUCAACAUUGACCAUCUCCACGUAGGCUGGUACCAGUCCACAGUACACGGGGCCUUCCUCAACAGAGCACUGCUAGACUCUCAGUUCAACUACCAACAUGCCAUAGAGGAGUCUGUGGUUCUGGUCUAUGACCCACAGAGGACUGCAGGAGGCUCCCUGUGUUUACGAGCAUUUCGCCUGUCCCCCAUGGCCAUGGAGGCAUACAAGGAAGGAGAGUUCACAUCAGAGAGCUUUAAGAAGCACGGUCUGGGCUAUGAGAAUCUGUUUGAGGAGAUCUCAGUUGUCAUUAAGAACUCCAACCUGAUCAACGUGCUGUGCUGUGAGCUGAUAGAGAAGGCCCCCAGGACACAGGAGAGUGACUUCCUCAGCUUAGCUGCCAGUGGUUCCCUAAGCAGACAACUGCACUGCCUGAUGGACUGUGUGGAUGAUCUGAACCAGGAGACAACCAAGUUCAACAACUACCAGCGCAACCUGGCCAAACAGGCACAAGCCAAGAAUCAGUACUUGCAGAAAAGGCAACUUGAGAACAAUGCCCGGCAGGCAAAGGGAGAACCACCGUUGCCUGAGGAAGAUAUCACCAAGAUCUUCAAACCCAUUGCCCCUCCUCCCCGACUGGACGCGCUCCUGCUGUCAGGACAGUUGGCAAGUUACUGCAAGCAGAUCACCGACUAUGCAGCCCAUAGUUUUGGCAAAGUCUUCAUGGCCAAGGCCCUUCAGGAGGAUACCCAGGGCAGUGCAGCUCAGCCGCCGUCACUCUAAUAUAACACAAGGCAGCAGCAUGUCCUCUCUUUCAACUCAACCUACACCUACAGGGAAUGUAACAUCUUUCCAGCCUGAGAAAAGUUCUGUGGAGAAGAGAAUUUUUUCUAUGCUUCUUAUUAUAGUUGUUAUCAAAUUCUAAUGUAUACCAUCAAAUCAGGGUUUGUUGGAAAUAAAGUAAUGAGCUAGGGGUGGACUACAUUUUUAAUGUAUGUGUUGGAAAAUACUCACAAAAGCUGUCGUGUUCAGAACAUGUCCACAGUCAAGACUACGUGUACACAUUGAUACUCGAACAUAAUGGAUCAGUACUUCUUGUGUGUGAUUCCUUGAACCGGGUUGUUUAUCAGUUGGGAUCAAAGAAGACAUGUUAUAGACACUUCAUAAGCACAACCCCCAGAGAAUAAAACAGAACAUUGUAACUGAGUAA